UACUGACUUCUCUCCUGGAAGAGCAGAAGCAACAUUUAAGCCUCCCCUCCCCACUGGGGAGUGCUGAGAAGAGGCAGGCUCUAGGUUGGGGACACAGACAACAGAACCCCAGCUGGGAAUGUAGUUUGAGCCAGGGAUAGUCAUGGAGGAAUAAGAUCAAGACCUGCUUUAAUUGUGGAGCCCCCAGGGCAGAGCCUGAGGAAUACAAAGGCACUUCCUGCAGACAUCUAAGAGUCCGAGAGACAAAAUAUGGCUCAAGCAGACAGACAGAAGCGGUCCACUCGCAGUUCCACGAUGGUCUGCUGGCCCAUGCUGAAGAGGAUACAAGUGGUACUGAAGAAGGAGAUGGUUCGAGAAUUCCUGGCUGAGUUCAUGAGCACAUAUGUGAUGAUGGUGUUUGGCCUUGGUUCUGUGGCCCAGAUGGUUCUAGGAAAUAACAAAUUUGGAAGCUACCUUGCUGUCAACUUGGGUUUUGGCUUUGGAGUUACCAUGGGAGUGCAUGUGGCAGGCAACAUCUCAGGGGCUCACAUGAAUGCAGCUGUGACCUUCACCAGCUGUGCACUAGGCCGCAUGCCCUGGAAAAAGUUUCCUGUGUAUGUGUUGGGUCAGUUCCUGGGCUCCUUCAUGGCUGCUGCCACCAUCUACUGCCUCUUCCUCAAGGCCAUUCUCCACUUCUCGGGCGGACAGCUGACGGUGGUGGGUUCCACAGCCACUGCUGGCAUUUUUGCCACCUACCUUCCCAGCUACAUGACACUAUGGUGGGGCUUCCUGAAUGAGGUGUUACUGACAGGGAUGCUUCAGCUGUGUCUCUUCGCCAUAACGGACAAGGAGAACAACCCAGCACUGCAAGGGACCCAGGCCCUGGUGAUUGGUGUCCUCAUAGUCAUCAUUGGGGUGUCCUUGGGCAUGAACACAGGAUAUGCUAUCAACCCAUCUCGGGACCUGCCUCCUCGCUUCUUCACCUUCAUUGCUGGCUGGGGCAAAGAGGUGUUCAGGGACAACUGGUGGUGGGUGCCAGUUGUGGCACCACUCCUGGGUGCCUACCUAGGUGGGAUCAUCUACCUGCUCUUCAUUGGCAUCCCACAAAACCCCCAGAGACUGGAGAACUCCAUGGUGUGUGAAGAUCACAGGAUAACUGUAUUGCCCAAGAGCAGCCCAUGCAUGGCCUCUUCCCUCACUCCUGUCUCUGGAACCCCAGCCAACAUAGCUGUAGCCCAGCCUGUCCCUCCCUUAAGUGGCUCCAUGCCCCUAGAGCACUUCUAAGAAGAGUUUGUGACCCCAACCCUACCCCAGUAAGAAAGCCUUGUUCCACAGAAGUACUCUCAUGCCCUGGGGACUUCCUGUGGUUGGACUUCCUUCCUGGGUUCUUCUGGGAGCUUCUGGGUUAUGCCUUAGCUCCAGGCUGGAACAUAGGGUUGAGAGACCUCAAUUCUUUCCAUCCCUGGGAGCUGGGGAGGCUGGGUAAGUGACCUAUGGUCUGAGGGCAAAUUGAAAGGAUGCCAGACACAGAAUGGUGGACUUCCAGGAAUAGGGGAGGAAGGUGAUGUUUUGGGGAAGGAUCAGAGCAAGGUAGGUGGUAUGGGGCCAACUCUAGGGAUGCCCUGAGAGUGCCCUGGGAUAAGACUUUGAAUGGUCUUGGGUUCUCCCUUCCUCCAAUCUUGGCCAGUUGUUAUAUAAGGCAAGGCCCACGGGUGUAGAUCAGAAUUUAUGAAGCUUUUUUUGUUGUUGUUUUGUUUUUUUGUUAGAGCUCUCCUCAGCAGCUUUUUAGAUAUAUAUUUUUUUACUUCACAUUUUAAUACCGUAGGUAUUCCACAUAUGUUUCUGUGCUGUUUCUGUGCUUUGUACAUACAUAAAAAAAUUAAGAUUUUUUUUGGUCCUUGUUCCAAGAAUCAGUUUUUACUUGGGGAUGUUUGGCACAGGUCAAAAGUGGGCAAGGGGUUGGGCUCUUCCUCCUUCCUGACCCCAGAGUUCUCUCAUGUGAAGGAAUGCCAGAGUUGAGAAGGAGGAUACAAAUGGAAAAAUCCUUCAAACAGGUGCAGAGACCAGAAAAUGUCUCACAGAGCUCAAGGGAAAUAGGCACAGAAGUUGGGUGGCAGAGGGGAUCCAGGAUCCGCUGAUGGUGGGGCCAAGCAGAACCAUCCUGCUUUCUGGAACUCAGAAAGUAGCAUCACCAUGGUUGCUGUUGUCACUCAUACAUUUAGCUGUUCCACAGUUACUGAGCAGCCCUGCCUGGGCACUGGGGAUGCCUAAUGGAUGAGUGUUUGAGGAGUGCAAUCUACUGGGGCACAGGUGAUUAGGAAGGAGAUAAAACGGGGAGGGGGACACUUGGAGGCUGUGGGACUCAGAGGGCGUUCACAGCCAGCUGAGGUUAGGAAUGGCUUUCCGGAGGAGAUGUGACUGAGUGGGGGUGAGGGAUGCCCUUCCUGGGCUAAGAGCUGUACUUUUACAGUUUUCGAGGAUGGGGCAGAGGAAGCGUCUUUCUUUUUUUUUUUUUUGGUACCAGAGAUCGAACUCGGGACCUGGCACUUCCAAAGCAGGUGGUGGAACCACUGAGCUAAAUCCCUGGCUCAGGAAGUGUCUUUCUUAAAUUGCUCUCUCAUUCCUGGGACAAACACCAGAUACCCACAACUUAAAGGAGGAGAGGUUUAUUUGGGCUCAUGGUUGCCUGGCUCCAAGGCAGAACAGCAUGGUAGAAUUGUCUGGGUGGAGGAAAGCUACUCACUUCCUGGGGCUGGGAAGCAGAGAGAGAAGGGAGGAGCCAGGGAGGGAAAUAUACCCUUCCAGGUAAUUCCCUCAGUGACCUGCCUCUUCUGGCCAUGAAUCUACUGAUUGAGUACAGCAGCCCCAUGAUCCAGUCAAAUUUUAAACCCUCACUUCUGAACCUAUGAGGCUUUUGGGGGAGCAUUCCAGGCUUCCUUUUGGAGGUGGUGGACAUGGUAAGGUGCUUUAGAAAGGCCCUUGAGCUGCAUUGUGCAGGCUGGGAAACGGGGCACAUGGGCCUAAAGAAAAAAUGAUGAGAGCCAAUAAUCCAGGAGCAGCAGCAGGGUGCUUAAUAGGGCAGCACAGUGGGUGUGGGAGGAGAUACAACUGGCAGGGCAAGGCUUGGUUUGGAUGAGGGAGUGGGUGAGGGAGGAGUCAGAGAUGAAUUCAUUUCUGGCUUGGGUGUGGGCAGAACACCAGUGUAGAACUGGUUUGGAGAGGAAGAUGAGAAGCUAUAUCACAGACAUGUUGAGUUUGAGUUGUCACUGGACUUGUGGGGGUGGGGGGUGAGAAGUGUGUGGCUUUGGGCAAGCUUCUCAGACUCCCUGGGCCUCGGUUGUUUGUAAAGUGGGGAUAAGAGUGCCACCUACUCUUUGUGUUAUGGUGAGUGUUAAAUGUGCUCAGCAUGUCAAGUGGGAGAAUAGUGCCUGGCAAGAAAAUAUUCAAUAAACACUUGCAGUUAA